AUGCCCACGCUCAAGUGUCUCCUCGAGCGAUCGUGGAAGCUCGACCAUCCCGGACUCAGCCAAGACGAAGUCUCGGAUAUCCACGGCACCGCAAAUCGGAUGAAGGACCAGCUGGCCAACCCGUCUCCUCCAGAACCGCCGGUAGUUGUCCCGUCAAUUGCCAAUAGACCUUCCUCUUCAUGGCGGGCCGGGCUCGGGAAGAUCGCCAGCAACAGCACCGGCGGUGCCAACUCCAGCGCGACGCUUGAUCGCGCCCUCCAAAUCGUCCAGCAAGCGCAGCGCGAGUUCGACUCGCGUAACAAGGCACGAUUUGCCGAUCCCCGUAUUAACAACUACUAUGACCGCCACAGUGGCCAUGCCAACAAAGCUCGUGCUCUGGACAGGGUCUCGCUGUAUAUCAACGAAACUGUCACCACUGCGGCUGCCAUCGUGGCGGCCGCGAAUGAGGGCAAUGUUACCAAGGUGGACUACUCGAAAUAUGUUCUCCCUGCUGAAAUCGCGUCCAAAAUUGCGUCUUUCGAAGAAGACUCCGACCUGAUAAAACGAUCGCCUCCGGGAACGGGAGCGAGCUGGUGGAUGGAAACCAUUCGCCAUGAUGGCAAAGUUCCCUUUGGUGGCUCCGCGAAUGACGGCUAUAAAGUUUUCAGAAAUGUAAAGGAUUACGGUGCAGUGGGUGACGGCAAGGCAGACGAUACCGACGCCAUUAACAAAGCCAUGUCAGACGGCCACAGAUGCGGUGCCGACUGUGGUUCUUCGACUAUUAAGCCUGCUAUCGUCUAUUUUCCAGCAGGCUCCUACCGCGUCCGUCAAACAAUCCCCAUGUUCUACAACACUCAGGUGAUCGGCAACCCAAAUGACAUGCCCAUUAUCUUGGCCGAUGAAAAUUUUGUUGGAUUAGGUGUUCUUUCUUCUGAUGAGUACACUGGCGGUAGUGGUGGCGCAGACGAGUGGUUCAUCAACCAGAACAAUUUUUUCCGUCAAGUCCGCAACUUGAUUAUCGACACGAGCAAAGCCAGGAUGGCCAACAUUGCAGGUCUCCACUGGCAAGUUGCGCAAGCUACAAGCAUUUUCAAUGUUCACUUUUACGGAUCCAAGGACAGAGGCAAAAAGCAUAUUGGCAUCUUUGCGGAAAACGGCAGCGGCGGCUUUAUGGGCGACUUGGUCUUCAGCGACACUUCCAUCGGCAUCCGCUGUGGCAACCAGCAGUUCACUUCGCACUCCAUGGCCUUUCUCAAUGUAGGCACUGCCGUUGACCUACUGUGGGAUUGGGGCUGGACUUGGAAGAACAUGUACGUUUUUAACACUGAUGUCGGCUUCAGCAUGGAUGGAAGCUUUAUGGGCGGCUCAAUGCUGCUUUUGGACAGCCAUUUUGAAUUUGUAAACUUGGGUAUACAUAUAAAAACCCAAAAAGGCGGAACGGAGCCAGAACAGUUCUCCAUGACGCUGGAGAAUGUUAAGAUGAGCGGGGUCAAGACUAUGGCCAUCCACGAGGCUUCAAACACGAGGCUAGCUGGGGGCUCUUCGCUCAUCGAGUCGUGGAUUCUUGGGAGGAUGUAUGACAAUCAUCAUCCCGAAGGCACCUUUGUCACCGGCAAGUCUUACAAGCUCGCGAAGAGACAGCCGGAGCUGGUCAUGUCAAACGGCGUUGCUGCGGACGGCUAUUAUAUCCGCUCCAAGCCACAGUACGAACAUAAGUCUGCUGAUGACUUUAUUUCGCUUGCAGGCACGGCCAAAGGGGACGGUGUGACGGACGACAGUUUCGCUUUUGCACUUGCGGCUGCGACUGCCCGGAUGACGAAUAAGCUCCUAUACAUCCCUAUGGGGUCCUACAUUGUUACGACUACCAUUUUCCUACCCCCGGGCUCUGUCAUUGUUGGAGAAUGCUGGGCUCAAAUUGUCGCCAGAGGGCUGUUUUUUGAGGAUGCAGCAGAUCCAAAGCCGGUGCUUUCGGUUGGAAGCUAUGGAGACAUUGGCUCGAUGGAGCUUCAAGACUUACUUUUAACGGUCCAAGGACCAACCGCCGGUGCCGUGCUCAUGGAAUGGAACAUUGCACAAGACAAGCAGGGCGCUGCGGCAAUGUGGGACGUCCACUUCCGCAUCGGUGGUGCCGCAGGUUCGCAUCUGCAAGAAGCUGACUGCCCUAAACUGACCGGCUCUGUGAACAAGAAGUGCAUUGCUGGCUCCCUUAUGCUACACAUGACGGCUGAAUCGUCUGGAUAUUUGGAAAAUGUUUGGGCUUGGGUUGCCGAUCACGAGCUUGAUGGUGGCCCUAGCCAAACGCAGAUUGACAUUUACGUCGCAAGAGGAAUCUUGAUUGAAAGUAUAGCUGCCCCUGUUUGGCUGUACGGCACGUCAUCUGAGCAUUCGGUUCUCUACCAGUACAUGAUCUACGGUGCACGUAACAUUAUCCAAACGGAAAGCCCAUACUACCUACCUGAUCCACAGGCACCUGCGCCGUUCCAGGAGAGCCUUAAUCUCCGGUCAGACCCUGACUUUAAGGAAUGCGACUCGUCCAAUCCUCACUGUGCGGCUGCUUGGGGUCUGUCCAUCAUUGGAUCAACCAACGUCCGAGUAUACGGCGCUGGUCUGUACAAUUGGUUCCAGAAGUACGCACAGCCGUGUGUCGACACCCAAGACUGUCAGAAGCGCGUGCUCAAGGUUGAAAAGAGCGGCCAAGUGUUCCUGUACAAUGUCUACACCAUUGGCACUGUCGAAAUGAUCAACCACGGCUCUAAAAAGCCUGUACUUGCCAAGGCAAACACCAAUACCAACAUUCAUCCUUUCACUUCCGUGGUUAAUGCUUGGCUGCGCGCCACAACCGGAGAGGGCGAACUCGACGAUGAUGAUAAGAAUGAUGAGUAUGAAGACUAUGGUACGACUACUUCGUGCAAUGGCGUUUAUGACACUCUCAAGGCCAUUGAAGCGUCUUACGACUCGAUACCCGACGCUUGCGUAAACCAGUAUCUGGCCAAGGCGUUUGCUAAGAACCUGACCACGACCAGGGACAAGUACAACAGCAUUAUGGGGGAUGACUACGAGAGCAAGUUCAAGAUUUACCACGACAUUGUCCAAACGCAGGCCAUCUCUCAAAUUAAGAAGUACAUGUUGGACAAGGGCGCCGAGGGAUGGCACUGCGCGAAACCGGAGCCGAUCAAGUGCUGUAACGAGUGCGAUCACAUCGGUGGCAACUACCUGGAUCCGAUCUGCUUCCAUCUCGGCUGCUUUGGCGCUGAUGACGGUAACCCUAAAAAGUGCAGCAAUGGAGUUGGCAAGAAGGUGUCGUGCCCAGACCAGGUCGGCGACUACCCCAAGCCACUGAGCUGGAGCCUAGACGACAAGGACAAGUUUUUUGACAACAUGGAAAAGGACUACGGCGUCCUGCGCGACUGGAUUGAGUUCACUGACUACGAUGUCUACUACAACUACGGCUGUGUCUGGGGGUGGACGGAAGUCGACGUCGAGGGCAUGGCCCAAUGCCGAAAGGACACCGACGUGUUCUGGCACAACUACCCCUCGCUCAAGAGGGACUUCAAGCUGCCGGACCCCUCAGAUAUUAUCAAGCGGGCAUACGCCAACACGACGCGCCUGAUGGACGAGACAGAGCUGCAGAUGACCAUGGCGGAGAACUACUGGGUCUCGUGGGAGGAGCUGGCGAGCACGCUGGUGCUGCCCGCCAUGUCGAUGAGCGCGGCGGUGCAGAACAUGGAGGGCAUCGUCAAGGUUGCCAACCAGAAGAUUGAGCAGGACCGCGAGGAGGGCAUCGCGGCCAUCAUCUCCGCCGUCUUCUUCUUCGUCCCGUUUGUCGGAGAGGCGGCGAGCCUGGUUGGCGGCGCGAUCAUGCGCACCAUCAUCAACCUGGCCGGCACUUUUGCGGAUAUCGGCUACUCGAUCUAUGACACGGUGAAGCACCCGGAUAACUUGCUGAUGAAUCUGUUCAGCAUCAUUUUUGACGCGGGCAGCAUGAAGGGCGCCUUCAAGUCGAUGGCGGCCGAGUGGCGUGUGCUCAAGAGCGACAGGAUUGAUACGCUGCCAGAGACGUUUGUGAGGGAUGUCAAGUCGAUGCGCACGAUGCAGGGUGUGUGCAAGCUGUAG